AUGUCUGUGUUAGAAUUAACAAAUCCCGUAGUACAAUCAUACUUACUGUACUCAGCUAUAUUAGCACUGAAGCUAUUGUCUAUGAGUACACUGACGUCACUAGUGCGUUUGUCGAGUGGAAUUUUCUCUAACCCAGAGGACGCUAAGGCUUUUAAAGGGAAGGUGAAAUAUGAUGAUGCGAUUGUUGAGCGGACCCGUCGGGCUCAUCUGAAUGAUUUGGAGAACAUUCCAGCGUUCUGGGUGAUUGGAGCUCUGUAUUUGACGACGGGGCCUGUAGCCGCGUGGGCAACACUUCUCUUCAGAGUUUAUACAGUAAGCCGGAUCAUUCAUACACUAGUGUACGCGGUGGUACCUUUACCACAGCCGACCAGGGCCAUAGCGUACAUGAUACCCUACCUCAUCAAGUGGUAUAUGGGCCUCCAGGUCAUUUUAUACUAUAUAACUGCUUUGUAA